AUCAAAACCAUCUCACUGUUGAGUCUCACCGAUGUCAUGUGACAAGGUCUGCAAACCAUGUGUAGCUUUUAUUUACUUACAGGUGUGAGGAUCAGAGUCCAGUGCUACUUUGGGGCACCACCGAUGAAACCAACUUUCAUCUGGAAGACCUGUGAACAGUGCUUGUUGUCCGCUGCUGGUAAUGUCCCAGCUAAGUAGAGCUCCUUAACUUUCAAUAAACCAGCUACCUACCUGAUCCUGAAAUAACGAGGAGCGACAGUUGCCAAGGCCCAGCUGCGGGAGGUUGGGGGUGGGAGGCGGAGCCUAUUGAGGAGGAAGUGUGGUCAGGAUUAACACUCGCUUAAUGUGACCUGGCGAAAGGAAGCCGUUCUUCUCUUUGAACUUUUCUAACUGCAGUCUUCGGGGCUUCCCCGCUCAUCCUCCAUGGCCUUUCAUAGACUCCUGGAGGAAGUCGGGGGCCUGGGCCGGUUCCAGGUCCUUCAGAUGGCUCUCCUCUCCGCCUUCUGCCUGGUGGUGUACACGCACAUGCUCCUGGAGAACUUCACGGCAGUCGUCCCCGCUCACCGCUGCUGGGUCUCCAUCCUCGACAACGACACCGCCCUUGCCAAUGGCACUGCGAUCCUCGGGCAAGACGCCCUCCUGCGAGUCUCCAUCCCCCUGGACUCGGACCUGAGGCCAGAGAAGUGUCGCCGCUUCCUCCGCCCCCAGUGGCAGCUCCUUCACCUGAAUGGGACCUUGUCCAACGCGAGUGAGCCAGCCACGGAGCCCUGUGUGGAUGGCUGGGUGUAUGACCGCACCUCCUUCUCCUCCACCAUCGUGACGGAGGUAAGAGGCCUCUUUACCUGUUGCAAGUUCACGGCUUGGAGUUUAAGGAUAACGCAAGUGAUGAACCCUAGGCAUCAUUGGGACCUGGUGUGUGACUCUCAGUCACUGAACUCAGUGGCCAAGUUCUCAUUCAUGGCUGGAACGGUAGUGGGAGGCAUCAUUUUGGGCCAUUUGUCAGACAGGUUCGGGAGGAGGUUAGUUAUCAGGUGGAGCCUACUCCUGGUGGCCGCCACCGAGGCCUGUGCGGCCUUCGCUCCCACACUCCCCCUGUACUGCUCACUGCGCUUCUUGGCUGGCUUUUCUGCUCUAAGUGUCCUGACAAACAGUUCGGUGCUUAUUAUGGAAUGGCUAGUGCCGCGAUUCCAAGCCAUGGGGAUGACAAUGAUCAUCAGCGUGGCUUGCGUGGGACAGAUGAUUCUGGGAGGACUGGCUUUUGCCAUUCGAGACUGGCACAUCCUUCAGCUGGUGUAUUCUAUACCAUUAUUUAUCUUGUUUCUUUUCUCAAGGUGGCUGGCGGAGUCUGUUCGGUGGCUGAUUAUCACCAACAAACCCGAGAAGGGCUUAAAGGAGCUUCGGAAAGCCGCGUACGUGAAUGGAAAAAAGGAUGCUGGAGACGCCCUCACCAUGGAGGUUUUGAGAUCCACCAUGCGGGACGAGCUGGAGGCGGCCCAGACCAGACCGCGUGUGUCGGACUUGUUCCGCACGCCCAACUUGCGUAAGAGGAUGUGUGUCCUGUGCUUUGUGAGACUUGCAGUCUGCAUACCCUUCUAUGGCCUGGCUCUCCACCUCCAGCACCUGGGGACCAACAUUUUCCUGUUCCAGGUUCUCUUUGGCGCAGUCAACUUCCCAGCCAAUUACGUUGCCUUUUUGGCACUGAAUCACCUGGGCCGGCGAGUGAGCCAGGUGCUUUUCACGUUCUCGAUGGGGAGCUUCAUUGUGGCCAUCACGUUUGUGCCUCAAGAAAUGCAGACCCUCCGCUUGGUUCUGUCCACUUUGGGAGUAGGAUUUUCCUCUGCGGCUCUCAUGGGUUCUUUUGUCCACGGAAAUGAACUGACCCCCACCGUAAUCAGGGUGACAGCUUCAGGAAUCAUUGGGGCUGUUGGUAAUGUUGGGGCAGCCCUGGCCCCGCUCCUGAUGAUCCUAACGGUGUACUCUCCACACCUGCCCUGGAUCGUCUAUGCAGCCGUCUCCUUCAUCUCUGGCCUUGUUGUCUUCCUCCUUCCCGAAACCAAGAAUCAGCCUCUGCCCGACUCCAUCCAGGACGUGGAAAAGGAGAGAAAGGGCUCACAAAAAGGAAGACGGGAGGACGGCUUCAUGAAAGUGACUCGGUUUUAAGGGAGUCCAGCGACGGACUGCUAGUCAGAGAGCCAGACCGGGCCGGGGGAGGGCAGGUGGAUCAUGGCUAGAUGCUGGCAAACUUUGGGGAAGAAUGAAAUGAAAAGCUGUAAUGGAAAAGUGGAUCUCAUUUACAAUUGCAGCACUAAGUAACUAUGUCUAAAAUAUCCAUGAUUAAUCGUCGUAAGUCUGAGGAGCCCUGGCCAGUGUGGCUCAGUUGGUUGGAGUGUCGUCCUGUGAACCGAAGGGCCGCCGAUUUGACUCCUGGUCAGGGCAUGUGCCUGGGUUGCGGGCUCAGUCCCCAGUUGGGAUGCGUAUGAGGCAACCAAUCUCACAUCAAUGUGAGAGAGAAUUCUUUCUCACAUCGAUAUUUUUCUCCCGCCCCCUACCCCCUAAAAUCAAUAAGCACGUCCUCAGGUGAGGAUUACAAAAAAACAGAGAAGUCUGAAGGAAGUUGCCAACUUUCAAAGAAAGCAUAAUAAAAUAUGUAUAUAAAUUUUGAUCCCUAAUGUAUUUCUGGGUAGAAAGAAUAGUAUUAAAACAUUGAUUCUGCUCCAGUUACUUGGUAGAGUAAUUAAUUACAAUGAAAAACCACAUACUUUUGGAAGAAUUUGAAAAAGUUACAAAUUUAUCUAGAAAUUAAUAAUAAACAAGGUGAUUCAGGAAAGAGGAUCAUACAGUGAGGGGGCUGACUAGUGUUUACAGUGGCAUGUGCUAGACUUUACCAUAAGAACAACAGUCAAAGCGUAACAGCAGACAUAUUUAUCCAUCAGAGGAAGUGCGGAAACAGACACCAGGGGAUGUAACAAUUAACAUGUAAUUUUGAUAUCAUAAAUCACUGGGCAAAAUAAAGGAUUACACAACAAAUAGCAUAACUAAGUACUUAAAAAUAAAUGACUAAUAAUGUGAUCUCAUACCCUAAACGCAAAAAUAAUUUUACUUUAAUAAAAAGCUAACUGGAAACAAUAAACCAUAGUUUCCAGUAGAACACUUGGCUACAAAAUCUUGGGAUUAAAAAAAAACAAA